UGAGUGUGUGUGUGUGGGCGUGUGUGUGUGAGUGUGUGAGAGAGCGAGAGAGACGGAGAGCGCCGCUUCUCCUGCGUGCGUGUGUGGAUAUCGGCUCCAUGGACGGACAGCGGGGCUUUUACGAGAUGGAGAGCCCGGUGGAGAACCCCAGCAAGGCGGCGGAGUACCUGACGGAGCUCAACAAGAUCAUCGAGACCCAGCAGGGGCUUCUGGAGAAGCAGCGGGUCCGGAUCGAGGAGCUGGAGCUGCAGGUGACGGAGCUGUGCAAGGAGAACGCCUUCCUGAAGGAGCAGCACCAGCGGCACCUGGCCGCGUGCAGGCUGUCCGUGCUGGGAGCCAUCAGGGAGAACAUCACGCACGACAAGCGAUACACCUCAUUGCCCGUAGAAGUCUCUGAGAUCCCUCUAGAUCUUAUUGCCCCUCCAUGUAGACGGAGCUACCCCUGUCGCAAAUGGAAGUCUGCAUCGUUUGGACCGGACUCGGAGGACCCCGGCCUGGCCAUGACGCACAGACGCCUCCAUCACUCUGUGGAAGGUGAUGCUUCGGGCAGCGAGGUGGGCGCCUCUGUGGACCCCAGCGGCGGCUACAGUUGCGUCCCAGUGACCCGCGGCGGCGGCGGCGGCGGGCUCGGCCCCGACCACCUGGACAGCCAGUUCUACGGACACAUCCUCCUCCCCGGCCACCUGCGGCCCCGCCGGCCCAAACUGCAGCACUCGCAGUCCAUCCUCCGCAAGCAGGCCGAGGAGGAGGCCAUCAAGCGCUCGCGCUCGCUGUCGGAGAGCUAUGAGCUCUCCUCGGACCUGCAGGACAAGCAGGUGGAGAUGCUAGAGCGUAAAUAUGGCGGGCGUUUCAUAACCCGGCAUGCUGCCCGCACCAUCCAGACAGCCUUCCGUCAGUACCAGAUGAACAAAAACUUUGAGCGUCUUAGAAGUUCUAUGUCUGAGAACCGUAUGUCCAGACGGAUCGUCCUAUCCAAUAUGAGGAUGCAGUUUUCCUUUGAAGGACCUGAAAAAGUCCACAGCUCCUACUUCGAGGGAAAGCAGGUUUCGCUAACGGAUGAUGGCACCAAGAUCGGUGCGUUGAUGCAGUCGGAGCACGGCGGGGAGAUGGGGGUGCAGGCCAAGACACCCACCACACAGAGUGACUUUACGGACGCCAUUACGGAGCUGGAGGAUGCCUUCUCAAGGCAAGUGAAGUCUCUCGCUGAAUCGAUAGACGACGCUCUGAACUGCCGCAGUUUACACGGCGAGGACAGUCAGUCAGAGCCGGGAAGAGGCCACCCGGAUGUGGACCGGGAGGUCAGCUGCCAGGUGAAGCCGUCCCACAGCGCAGACCACCGGAAGCUGGACGAGAUGACGGCCUCUUACAGCGACGUGACGCUUUACAUCGACGAGGAGGAGCUCUCCCCGCCGCUGCCUCUGUCUCAGUCCGUCGAUCGGCCCUCCAGCACAGAGUCGGACCUGCGCCAGCGGUCCCUCAACUCUUCCCAGGACUACUGGUCCCUCGCUCACAAGGACGACAAGGGGGACACCGACACCAGCUGCCGCAGCACACCUUCCUUAGAAUGCCAGGAGCAGCGGCUGCGGGUGGACCACCUCCCCCUGCUGACCAUCGAACCUCCCAGCGACAGCUCGGUGGAGCUGAGCGACCGCUCCGAUCGCAGCUCCCUGAAGAGGCAGAACGCCUACGAGCGGAGCCUCGCCAACCAGCAGAGCAGCCCCAAACACAUGGGUCACGGCCUGCCGCCGCGCGGGCCCUCUCGAGAGGACGACGCCUCCCGCCACCGUCCGCGGCAGCUGGAGCCCCACCUGGCCAUCAACGGUACGGCGAACCGGCAGAGCAAGUCCGAGUCGGAUUUCUCAGACGGCGACAACGACAGCAUCAACAGCACGUCGAACUCCAACGACACCAUCAACUGCAGCUCCGAGUCCUCGUCCAGGGACAGCCUGAGAGAGCAGACGCUCAGCAAGCAGACGUACCACAAGGAGACCCGCAACAGCUGGGACUCGCCCGCAUUCAGCAACGACAUCAUCCGCAAGAGGCACUAUCGCAUCGGCCUGAACCUCUUCAACAAGAAACCAGAAAAAGGCAUCCAGUAUCUGAUCGAGCGAAACUUUGUCCCUGACACUCCAGUGGGCGUCGCCCACUUCCUGCUGCAGAGGAAAGGCUUGAGCAGGCAGAUGAUUGGCGAGUUCCUGGGGAACCGACAGAAGCAGUUCAACCGGGACGUCCUUGACUGCGUCGUGGAUGAAAUGGACUUCUCGGCCAUGGAGCUGGAUGAAGCGCUCAGGAAAUUCCAGGCACACAUCAGGGUUCAGGGAGAAGCCCAGAAGGUGGAGCGGCUGAUCGAGGCCUACAGCCAGCGCUACUGCAUCUGCAACCCCGGCGUGGUGCGGCAGUUCCGAAACCCCGACACCAUCUUCAUCCUGGCCUUCGCCAUCAUCCUCCUCAACACAGACAUGUACAGUCCCAACGUCAAGCCGGAGAGGAAGAUGAAGCUGGAGGACUUUGUUAAGAACCUUCGAGGGGUGGAUGACGGGGAAGACAUCCCCCGGGAGAUGCUGGUGGGGAUAUACGAGCGGAUUCGCAAGCGGGAGCUGAAGACGAACGAAGACCACGUGUCCCAGGUUCAGAAAGUGGAAAAGCUGAUUGUUGGAAAGAAGCCGAUCGGCUCUCUGCACCAUGGCCUGGGCUGUGUAUUAUCUCUGCCCCACCGGAGACUGGUCUGCUACUGCAGGCUCUUUGAAGUACCAGACCCCAACAAACCGCAGAAGCUGGGUCUGCACCAGCGGGAGAUCUUCCUCUUCAACGACCUGCUUGUGGUAACGAAGAUUUUCCAGAAGAAGAAGAACUCGGUGACGUACAGCUUUCGGCAGUCCUUCUCACUGUACGGCAUGCAAGUGUUGCUGUUUGAAAACCAGUAUUACCCCAAUGGAGUGCGCCUUACAUCGGCUAUUCCUGGAGCCGACAUCAAAGUCCUCAUCAACUUCAACGCACCCAAUCCUCAGGACCGCAAGAAGUUCACCGACGACCUGCGAGAAUCCAUCGCAGAAGUCCAGGAGAUGGAAAAGUACCGGAUAGAGUCCGAGCUGGAGAAGCAGAAGGGCGUGGUGAGGCCCAGCAUGUCCCAGAGCUCCGGGUUAAAGAAGGACACGGGGAACGGGAACCUGAGCCGGGCCAGCCUGGAUGACAGCUACGCCAUUGGUGAGGGCCUGAAGAGGAGUGCGCUCAGUAGCUCCCUACGUGACCUCUCAGACGCAGGCAAGCGUGGGAGACGCAGCAGUGCAGGAUCACUAGACAGCAAUAUGGAAGGGUCCAUCAUUAGCAGCCCCCACAUGCGCCGGAGAGCCCCGUCCAGCCGGGACUGCCCGUCCCGCCACAGCGGCCAGUCCCUGCCCAGCUCCUCCUCGCUGCUCGGCUCGCUGUUCGGCACCAGGCGGGUCAAGUCGCCCAGCCCCACCCCCCAGCCCGCGCACCCCACCCUGAUCUCUCACACCCCGCACCCGGCCAACCUGCACCACACGGCCCGCGCCGAGGCGGAGGGGGCGGGGCCCAUGCACCCGCACCACGCCCAGUUCUGCCACAUGACCCAGAAUCCCCCGCCGUACCACCACCACCACCACUACCACCCCCCCGCCCAUCUGCAGCACCCUCCCCACCAGUUCCUCCCGCCCUCGCCCCACGGCCAGCAGCAGCAGCAGCCGCCGUACCCGCCCCACGCUCACGGCCACGGCAGCCACCCGCCGCACCCCUCCCACUCCGCACACGGCCCCGCCCACCACCACGGCCAGCCGCCGCCCCCUUCCCAGGGCGCCGGCAGCACCAAGCCCAAGCACAGCGGCAUCAGCACGGUGGUGUGAGGGCGGCGCUCUGACUGGACUCCCCCUGGAGGCCGCCGGCCGCACUGUGCAUCGCUGGUCUCAGGACGUGAAGCCAGACCGCAUCCUGUGCCUCCUUCUGCUGUUUUCGUUCCGGUUCUCGUCACUGGGGCAGGUCGUCCCAUCCUUUGUUUUUGUUUUUUUUUUCUUUCUUUCUUUCCCCCCGACCAGCCCUCUCAUUUAACUUCAGGUCGCCGUCACGUCCGCGAGGCGGGCGGCGGUGAAAGAGCAUGCACAAAGACCACAACUACUGUUUGUCAGUACAUUAAAGGAACACCGUCGAAUAUCUCGCUUACUAGUAUUUUACAGAAGAAGUACAUAGUUGUCUCAACUUUAACGUGGAUAAAGUGGUUUUAUCUAGUGUGAGGGUGGUGUGACUGGACAGACAAGCAGUCACGUGUGAACAUAGGCUCACCCCAACCAAUAACUCUUCAAUCAACCCACCUGCAGGCUGCCAAGAAAACCAGGAAACAAAUAGUCUUUUCAGAAAUUGACUGAGUUACAAGCUGGUUUCGUCACAGUUUGCAGUUUAGCCAAGAUCUCCAGAAUAAACCAUUUAAUGCAAGAAGAAUUUCGAGUCAGUCCUUAAUGAACUGGUCGUUUAAUCCCACGAUCUGCAGCUCUGAUGACGUUCCACAUUUGGAGAACGAUUGCCGCUAAUGAAGCUGAAGCGGUUGACAGAUGGAAUGAGUUAACCAGCGAAUGUUAGAGCAGACGAUCGAAACAUUUCAUCAACAUUUCAUCACAGUGUCUGCAGGUUGCUUCUUGGUUUUAAAGCAAUGCAGAAUAAAUUGUUGGCCUCGUCCUGCCGUUCACAUAUGAAGUAAAGAUUGAAACGUUUCAUUCAAGUCUCCAAAAACCCUAAAUCUGAAUUCAGAGCUCGUUCAGUGUAUGUGUCCAAAAUCUGAAAAAGAGUGUAUAAACAGACUCCUGUCAUCUGCAGCAUUUCUGGAGUACAUUAACCACCACUGAUCUGAUGUCAGGUUAGUUCUUCUGAAGCAACAGAACUCAAGACGUGACCACUGGUUGGAAAUAGUCUCCGAGAACCCCGAAGUUUCAGAAUGUGAGGGGAAUGUUUGACGCAUCAUUAACAAGAACUCUAAAAUUGGAUCACAUCGUUUGCAGACGACUCAGACUGUUAAGCAAUUACCAAAAACAUUGCUCAGACUCGACUUGCAUCAAACAAUCGAUGGUAAGGGGAUGUUUGUCCAAAUUCGUCAAACGUCGACUUGGUUGGGGCGUUCUUGUUUUCACACCCGGCUGUACAGACGGUCAGCCUUGGCGGUAGCUGUACGAGUAUUUAAUGUAGCGGUAGCUCACAGUGCACUGUGAUAUCUCUGGUAGCAGUGAUAAAUGUGCCAAUUAUUGAAGCAUUUAACUGAUUUAGUCACAAAAAUUGCUUUAUUAUGUAUAUUGUGCAUAGUAUUUUGUAAAGUAAUAAUAUCAACUGUUAAUAUUCUAAUUAUUAUUACCGAACAAGCGGCAUCAAUUAAACUCUCAGUAUUAUAUUCGCACAUAGGUGGCGUAGUUUCACUGUUAAGGAACGGACGGAAGCGUUCAUUAGCUAGGCCGCUGUGAGCUGGAACACUACUGUAACUGGUUGCCUUCGAGUGAGAACUCAGCUGGGGCGCCCGCCGGCCUCCACCCGUCCUCGGCUUGGAGCCGUCUCUUUCCCCGCUCCGGAAAAACCAAGGAAGCCACGGCGAGCGAGCGAGCGAGCGGAUCGCUGUGAAUGUCCGCCCUUCAGAAGCGGCUGCUAGCCUCGGCCUCAUUUUAUUUUUUUAAAGCUAUUUUUUUAGAGUCUGAGAAACAAAAUGAAUGUCGUAGUGCGAACUGUCGCUCCAACGUUCUCCAGGUCCAAGGAAUCGGGAAGGAGGUUUCUCUGCGUUUGGACAAAACGUGACUGUAUCUCCGCACCCCCACCCCCCCCGGCGUGGAAGCUCUCAGCUGGCUGAGUGUCCCCCCCCCCCCCCCACCAUGUGGACUGUUUCCCCUCCAGUUCCUCCUCUGAUGACACAUGUAUGAAGAAUCAGUGAUUAUCAGGCGGCGGCGGCGGCACCCCUCACGCUCGGCUCACCACCAACAGCCGUUUUUAUAUCAAUCAUCUUUCUGACAUAUGGUUAUGGGGCGGCUGGCUGUGGCCCCCAGCCGCCCCCCUGCACAGUAUCCGAGGCGGCGGCGAGCAGCGGCAGGCUGUGUGUGUGUGUGUGAGUGAGGAGAAUAUUUUCACACCUGCUCUGUUUAGUCGAUAUCAGUGACGGAGGCUAGUCUGAAUCUGCUUCAAGACUAUGAGAUGCUUUUUCUUUUCUUUUUUUUUUUUAACUUGUGCAAUAUGUAUUUACUUUGUUGUCUGUUGAUGGUUGGUUUGUUAGUUUGGUUGAGUUGUGUUAGCGCCCCUCCCGUCCCCCAGUGUCCUCUGUCAUUUCAUCCUUGUCGUUUGGGUGUCGUUCACAUGGAAGGACCUGAAGCCUCACCUCCGCUGUUUUCUGACUCCUCUGUGUUUUGAGCUGUUCCCAGUGUUACAGUGGGCAGAGACUGACUGGCACAAUAGAGUGAAAUCCCUCAAAUACCAGCUAAUGACAGUUAGAACCACAUCUGGAUCUUUCCCAGGACUUUCAUGGUUCCGAGUGUAGGACCGCAGUUAGAACCGGACCCUGAUCCAGCUGUGAGGGACGUAGUCCACCAUCUGAACUAGAAACACACACGACUGCUGCAGAUUGGUUCUGUUUUGUCAAGGUUCAACCUUUUGAUCGUUUUCGGUUCAGGGGUCGUUAUCAAGAACUAAUCAGUUGACCACUAUUAACAAAUGAUCGAGGUGAAGUUUGGGUUGUCACACUGGAUAAAAUGUCUUGGGUUGUAGUUUAUUCUCUUCCUCCAACUGAGAGAUAUUGCAUCUUUAAUUCUGAUCCAAAUAAAACACGCUGGGGAGCUCAAAGUCAUUAGAAGAGUAUCAAACUCCUGAAGCUCCAGGUUCCCCAGGGUUGAACUGCUCACGGAGCCACUUUGAUUGGGCUAGUUAAACUAAAAACAUUAUAGAACAUUGCAUACUUUCUUGUGUGAUUCUGCUGCAGAAGGAAAAGAGGAAAAUGAGGGAUCUGGUACGAUAAAACUCAGAGGAGUGUUGAUGCAGGUCUGUUGUUCAUGGUUUUACAGCAAAGCAGAUGCUACCAGCGUUCACAGGCCGGAGCCACAGUGAGAGCAUUGCAGGAGAACAUUUAGUCUGGCUCUCAUUUAGCUGGUUUCUCCCAGGAAGCUGCACCAAGAGCAGACGAUGUGGCAUCCCAAACACUCCUCUCAACAGCCUGUAACUGCUUUACAGAGUCCCAGUGAAGUGUUUAUUACCCAUUAAAUGCAGCAGGAUUCCAGUCUCAUUGUAUGAAUCUCUGCUGUGAUCUAAACCUCCAGCCUUCCAUGGAGAAACCCCAACCUGUCCGUUUCACACGGCUCCAUUUCAUUACAUUCACAUGGUGGACGGAGUGGCUGAAGCGCAUCGUCAUCAACUCGGAGAUCAGCUACGGAGUGACUAUAGGGACCAAACUGAAUCCUCUCCCCACAGCGUCUGCCGUCGAGCAGCAGUCCCGGAUCUGGUCGUUUAGCCAAAGAAAAGCUUUGCUCCUCUACAUGUCGAUGACAUCCGAUCAGUGUCUCUGGUGUUAACCCUUCGGUUCCUGCUGGUCUGUGAUCAAACCUGUCCAGAGUCCAUGUGAGGUGCUUUGUUGCAUGCCAUCGAUGCCUAUUGUUUCUUCUUUCUCCUUCUAUUUUUUUUUACCGUCGUCCCAUCAGGUAGCGUGCUGGACCCGACCCUGCCCUUCGGGCGUAGCGUUGAUUUCCGACCGAUGCUUGUUUACAUUUAGAUGGUUUCUGGCCUGCUGGUGAGUCCGUUCAGUCUGAUGUGUGUCAGUCCUCUCUGGCACGCCUCUCACCGUGGCAGGGCGACGCUGCUGAGUGUAAAUACAAACCCUGAUGAAGUACGAGGGGCUGAAUUGGAGGAAGCGUUUUAAGGGUGGGCGGGGCAGUAAAGGACGAGAAACUCAUGUAAAUAGCCUGUAAAUUAUUAUUAAUUAUUAUUACUACUCAAUGUCUGCAGUUACAUUGAAGGUGCAUUCCUGCUCCCCUCUGAUCUUUACAUAAUCAUCAAACUGCUUCUCUCUGCCUCCAACAGAACUGAAUUAUCAUAGGAUCUAGAGAUGAAGAGCCAUUCCGGCUCACUUCCUGAGAUGCUCCAGUUUUCUCACACUCACAGCCCAUUUUUGAAGUCAAAGGGAAGGAAGGAGUGCUCUUAUUUUAUUAUGCAUUCUGUUUCUAAGUAGAUAAAACCCUAUUGAUGUAAAACUAGUACUGUGACAAUGUUGAGAACGCAAAAUAAAACGAUAUACUGUAAAACCUG